AAGAAGCAGUGCGCAGGCGCGGCGACUGCACGUGUGUGCGGGUGGAGCCAUGGCGAAGGGGCAGCAGAAGCUGGAGCGUGGGCAGGUGAGGAAGGCGGUGGAGGCCCUUCUGGCUUUCGCGAGAAGCAAGGCUAAGGGAGACGAGCUGCUCCUCAACGAGAACGAGAGCGUGCACCUCCUGGUGACGGUCUGGAAGAUCCCACGCGUGGCUCAAGUAAUCAAAAUACCGCUGCCCCACGGCAUUCGAGCAGAAACAGCUGAGGUGUGCUUGUUCACAAAGGACGAACCAGAUCUGUCUGCAGAACAGACAGAAAGUCUUUACAGGAAACUUCUAACCCAGAAUGGAAUCACGACUGUUAGCCAGGUCAUCUCCUACAAAACUCUCAAAAAAGAGUAUAAACCUUUUGAAGCAAAGCGUCGCCUCCUGAACAGAUUUGAUCUCUUUCUAUCUGAUGACCGAAUCAGAAGGCUCUUGCCCUCCCAUCUAGGAAAACACUUCUAUGAAAAGAAAAAGGCACCUUUAUCUGUAAACUUGAAAGCCAAAAAUCUUGCUAAGGAGCUAGAAAAGCAUAUUCAGGGUACUGUACUACCAGUUACCAACAAAGGGUGCUGUUAUACAACGCGUAUAGGCCACACUGGAAUGAAAGCUGAUGAGAUACUAGACAACAUCAUUGCAGCAGCUGAGGUGAUUGCUAAGAAGUUACCAAAGAAUUGGAAAAACGUGAAAGUUCUUCACCUCAAGACACUUAAAUCAGUAUCACUUCCAAUUUUUACUGCACGAAUAUCCAACUUAGAUGAGCUUGAUAAAGAGCCGAAUGUCGAUAAAAAGCAAGGAGAGAAGGAAAAGAAAAAGAAACCAAAGAAGGCAGCUAAAAAGAUGAAUUCAAGACAAAGUACAGUGACAACUAAAAAUAAGGGUGCUGCUGCUACCCAAGAGCUUGCGAUAAAGGAAAAAGUAGUCCAAGAACCAGAGGAACAUGCUGAUGAUGAAGAAAUUCCACAACUGGUGCCUAUGCAAAUAAACGGCCUAGCUCAGCUAAAGAAAGAGGAACCAAGUCCAGAAAGAAGUGUCAAUCUGGUCAAUAAAACAAAAGCAACCCUUGGUAAGAGAAAGAAACAAUUUCUUGCUCCAGAAACUUUGAAACAGAAAGUUACAGAAGAGCGGGCAGACUUGCAGAUGUCACCAAAACAAAAAAAAACCAUGCAGAUCAGCACGGAAAAGGAAGAAAUAAAACAGCUGGAUAAGACUCCUAAAAAGCCUGAAGCAAAGUCUUUUGCUACACACAAAGCUGGCAAACUAGUACAGUCAGCCAAGAAAUCUUCCAAAACACCCAAGCAAGCAGCCAAGAAAGUGUGCAGACCACAGUUGUCGUGAAUGUUGCCUAUCUACUGUAACGUUUUAUGUAGUUGUUCAAUGCUGUCUUUUCAUGAAUAUAAAGUAACAUGCCUUCUUAAGAAAAGCUGACCCUAGGAGCUUUUUCUCACUGGCUUAAUGAUUAAUUUGUAGUUCCUUCUAAUGGAAGAAUAAACACAUUAUUUUAAUUAGCUGUAUUUGUUACCUUACAUCUUUUCCAUCUUUUUUUUAAAAAAAAAAAAAAUGCAGCUGUAUCUUUCAAUUUAAAUCUUUUGGUUUCUAAAGCUUGUUGCGUUUGAGCAACAUUAUUUUGGAAGGAUGUCGAGCUGUAUGCUUAAGUUCAGCUGCAGAACAGCUCAAAGUUAUAUUUUUGUUCUUACUGCACAGCCACAGUUUAUGAGCUUUUUCCUCCCACCUGACUUCCACAUUCUCUGUAUGUUUUAGAGUUCAUGCACAGGGAUUUCCUUCUUCACUAAACUCCACGUUCAUGUAGCAGAUGUCAGUGCUUGUGAUUUUCGUUAAUAUGGUCUUACCUGUUUAAACUACAAGCAUGAAUUUCUUAAAAUACUGUAUCUUCUUUAAACCUUAUGGCUUGUCUCUCUUUACUAUUUCCUACCAGUUUACAAUCUUUCUUAGAAUUCCUAUAUUCUGUUAAAGUGUUCUGUUCUACUUGGGUUUCUUCUAUGCUGUUCUUCACAUUUAAGAAGACAAACCUGUUUCUUUUCCCUAAACUUCAUACAACAAGGAUGUACUUGACUUGAAAGAUCAUCUUUGUUGUCACCACUGUAUUUCCUUGCAUUGCUUAUAUUCACUUUUCAAAGCUUAAAAUCACUGAGGUAAUUUCUAAUAUAUUUGUGUAUCAAGGGGAACAGAACUCUGGUCAAUUUUAAGUUUCUAGACAGCACAGUAAUGAAGUAAUGGUAAACUGAUUUGUUUCAAUUUUUUCCAUUUAAAAUAUGUUUUGGGCGUUAUCUGUAUAUCUAUAAAAUAUAUUGCAAGGGCAUUUGCAUUUAUUGUUUCUAUAACUAUAUAUAUGGUAGACUUCAGUUCUUAGUCUUUUCGUUUCACCUUGUGGCUACUUGCUAGCUGUUAAAUGGAGUAUUAACUUUGCUUCGAGGAUGUUAGACUGAAAUUGAACCCCUGUUUAGGGAAAUGCAUUCUGUAUCAGACUGCUAUCUGUUGGUUGGGACAAAAAAUAGUGUUCUUAUAUAUAUAAUUGUAGUUCCUUCUUUAAUCAACUGUUCUGUUAAGAAUCUGUUAGGAAAACUUUUUUUUUUUUUUUCCAGGGAAAAUGGCAAAAAUAACAAAUACUUAUUCAUUGAAAGUUCUAGACUUCAAUAAUCAAUUACAUUGUUAAAAAUAUAUUAAAUUUGAAGAGCA